AUGUCCUACUUUGAUGAAAAGAACACGGAAACUCCUCGUCUGCCCUCCGUGGAAAGCUCGAGGGCCGACGAGGACCAUGACACCCACCGCGGAGAAGGACAGACGAAGAACUCCCAAACUGCGGUAGAACCGCACGACACAGCGAGUGACAAACCCAGUACCACCACCAUCCCCCAACGAUGGAAGACGGUUAGUCAGCGCAUCCGGGAGCGCGCAGGCACCAUAGCCGAGGCACUGGGCCGGCCGCAUGAGCGCGAAGAGGAUGGAUUGGACGCGAGUUUCUCCCCAGAGUACUACGGCGCAACGGACGAUAUCAAAAGUUAUGAGGCGCGCACGGCCGCAGAUGAGGAGGAGAGACUCCCGGGGACCGAUCAUAACUCCCAGGCGCAGCAAUUGCUGAGCCAGUUGGGUCUUCGUCAGCAUCAGAGACAUCCGAGUGGCCCUCGUCGUGAUCCGGAGCCGCGCUCUGGCGCGUCGACUCCCGGUGCGAUGACUCCUGGUGACAGUGGCGCAUCGACACCUCUCAAUGGAAGCCUACUCUCGCAUCUGCUGCGGGUGUAUGCCAACAAUAUGGAGUCUGCGAGCAGGAUGAGCGUUGCCACGACCGCGGCAGCUUCAGACCCUGAAACCGAGACGCUGCCUGCAAAAACCCCGGGUACGUGGACGCCUGGCAACGCUACGCCUAUGAGCAUGGGUAUGGGAACUGUGACGGGAAGUGCAACACCUAGAUCGGGAACUCCUACCGGCAAGAAAGAGAAGGUCAAGUGGUACAAGAAUGGCAACAACAGCAAGGAAAACGUGAGCGCAAGGACUUCAAAGCACCACUACACCUCUUCCCUGAUCCAAGCCUCGAUGGAUAUGGGCCGGGUGGGUGUCCCCGGUGCUCAGGGUCCUGCACCUAUGACUGCCAAAGAACGGAAAAAGCAGAGGCGUAAGAGUGCCAAGAACAUCAAGUUGACCGUGCAUAUCGCUGCACUGCUCGCACGCCAGCAGUAUAUCAUGCAGUUGUGCCGUGCGCUGAUGAAAUACGGCGCUCCAACCCACCGUCUCGAGGAAUACAUGAUGAUGACCUCAAACGUUCUCGAGGUCAAGGCGCAGUUCCUAUACAUCCCGGGCUGCAUGUUCAUGUCAUUCGAUGACCCGUUGACUCGCACGGCCGAGGUGAAGAUUAUCCGCGUGGUGCAGGGCCUCGAUCUCUCCCGACUGGCCGAAACCCACAACGUGUACAAAAACGUGGUGCACGAUGUCAUCAGCGUGGACGACGCUACCAACCAUCUCGACACGAUCAUGCAGCGCAAGCCACGAUACAACCGCUGGAUACUCAUCCUCCUCACGGGUCUAGCCAGCGUCGCCGUAGGACCAUACUCCUUCUCCGCACGGCCCAUCGACCUCCCCAUCAUCUUUGUACUAGGCUGUCUAGUCGGGUACAUGCAACACGUCCUAGCCCCGUCCUCAGCAACAUACUCCAACGUCCUCGAAGUCUCCGCCGCCAUUCUCACCUCUUUCCUCUCCCGCGCCUUCGGCAGCAUCACCCACAACGGCGAACGCGUCUUCUGCUUCGCCGCCAUGGCCGAAUCCUCCAUCGCCAUGAUCCUCCCCGGCUUCGCCGUCCUCUCAUCCUCUCUCGAACUCCAAAGUCACCAAAUGAACGCCGGCUCCAUCCGAAUGGUCUUCACCCUCAUCUACUCCCUCUUCCUCGGCUACGGCGUCACAGUCGGCACAACCAUCUACGGCCUAAUGGACAACAACGCCACCACGGAAUCAACCUGCCCCAACGCAACCGCCACCUGGGGAAACGAAUACAUCCAACACUUCCCCUUCGUCGCCCUAUUCUGCCUCUUCGCCGCCCUCAUCAACCAAGCCAAACCCAAACAGCUCCCCGUCACCGUUAUCAUGGGCGUAUGCGGGUACGUUGCCAACUACUUCUCCACGAAAAGGCUCGGCGCAAACCAAGUCGCCAACACAGUCGGCGCCUUCACGAUCGGCCUCCUGGCGAACUUGUACUCGCGCAUUUGGCACGGCCACGCCGCCGCCGCGAUUAUCCCGGGUAUUUUCACGCUCGUCCCGUCUGGCUUGGCCAGCAGUGGGUCUAUUUUGAGUGGGUUGCAGUAUGCCGAGGCCGUUAAGAAUGGGGAUAUUAGUAGUACGACGAGUGGGAGUAGUAGUAGCAGUUUGUUGGGGUUGGGAUAUGGGAUGAUUCAGACGGCGAUUGGAAUUUCAGUGGGAUUGUUUGUGAGUGCGUUGAUUGUUUAUCCGCAUGGGAAGAAGAGGAGUGGGAUUUUCAGUUUGUGA